CAGCAGACCGACCCUGUCCUUCUGGAGCCCCACGAGGAGCUGGCGAUAUGCAAGUACUACGAAAAGCGGUUGCUGGAUUUCUGCGCCGUCUUCAAGCCUGCCAUGCCGCGUUCCGUGGUGGGAACAGCUUGCAUGUAUUUCAAACGCUUUUACCUCAAUAACUCGGUGAUGGAGUAUCAUCCUCGGAUAAUAAUGCUAACAUGUGCAUUUUUGGCUUGUAAAGUAGAUGAAUUUAAUGUGUCCAGCGCACAGUUUGUUGGUAAUCUUCGAGAAAGCCCUCUUGGACAGGAAAAAGCUCUUGAACAAAUACUGGAAUAUGAACUACUGCUUAUUCAGCAGCUGAACUUCCAUCUUAUCGUCCACAAUCCAUACAGGCCGUUUGAGGGAUUUCUAAUCGAUUUGAAGACUCGCUAUCCAGUGCUGGAGAAUCCUGAAGUUUUGAGGAAAACAGCUGAUGACUUCCUCAAUCGAGUGGCUCUGACAGAUGCGUAUCUGCUCUUUACUCCCUCACAGAUAGCUCUCACUGCCAUAUUAUCUAGUGGUUCAAGAGCAGGAAUUAAUAUGGAAAGUUAUUUAUCAGAAAGUCUUAUGCUGAAAGAAGACAGAACAUCCUUAGCCAAUCUACUAGAUGGCAUGAAAUGCAUGAAAAAUCUCAUAAAGAAAUAUGAACUGCCAAGGCCUGAAGAGGUUGCUGCUAUAAAACAGAAAUUAGAGAAGUGUCACAGCUCGGAGCUUUCACUUAAUACAAACCCGAAGAAGAGGAAAGGUUAUGAAGAUGAUGAUUAUGUCUCCAAGAGAUCUAAAAUGGAUGAGGUCAGUAAAAGUAUUGUACUUGUUUUUCCACUCUUAACUGCCAAGACAGAA